AUGCUGAGCAAACUGGUGGGGCCGCGCUACGUCCAGCUCCUCCAAAACUGGACUCCCACCCUCGUUACAUGGGGUGGUGUAGCUGGUACUGGUGCAAUAUGGUUCACAGACUGGAAGUUGGUCCUUCAGUAUGUUCCCUACAUUGGUGGCAAGUUUAAAACUGAAGACUAA